UGAUGUAGAUAAUUAAUUAAAAAUGUACUGGGAAGUUAUAUAUAAACACAUCUCGUGAGUCACUCGCAGUUGCAGAGUCACAGACAGUAUCAGCUACCACCACCAUCUAUAUAUAAGUAUAAAAAAUAAUCUCAAACACCGACGUUUAUUUUUUAUAUCCUCCGACGCCGAGACAUUAUGAAAUUACAUAUUAACCCUCUCUUACUUAUAUUCUUCUUCCUCUUUGGCGCGGCAAUGUCGCACGACUACUCCGACGCACUCUCGAAAUCAAUCCUCUUCUUCGAAGGCCAACGCUCCGGUUACCUCCCCAACGACCAGCGUCUGACGUGGCGACGGAAUUCCGGUCUGAGCGACGGAUGGACGCACAACACCGAUCUAACCGGCGGUUACUACGACGCCGGAGACAACGUGAAAUUCAAUUUUCCGAUGGCUUUCACCACCACGAUGCUCGCUUGGAGCGUGAUAGAGUUCGGAGAGCUCAUGCCUCCGCCGGAGCUACGUAACGCACUGGUGGCACUCCGGUGGAGCUCCGAUUACCUCCUGAAAUCCGUUUCGCAGCUACCAAACCGAAUAUUCGUCCAGGUAGGUGAUCCAAUUGCAGAUCAUAAUUGCUGGGAACGUCCUGAAGAUAUGGAUACACCACGUACUGCUUACGUCGUAAAUGCCCCAAAUCCAGCUUCUGAAGUGGCCGGAGAAAUCACAGCGGCCCUCUCCGCCGCUUCAAUUGCUGUGCGAUCAUCGGAUCCAGGCUAUUCUCAUACGUUGCUCCAAAACGCUGUAAAAACGUUUCAGUUCGCUGAUAUGUACCGAGGUGCUUAUAGCAGCAAUGAUGAUAUCAAAAAUGACGUUUGCCCUUUCUACUGCGAUUUCAACGGAUUUCAGGAUGAGUUAUUGUGGGGAGCAGCUUGGCUAAGAAAAGCGACUGGUGAUGAAAGUUACCUUAGCUACAUUGAGAGUAACCGUGAACCCUUUGGUGCUAGCGAGAACGUAGACGAAUUUGGUUGGGACAACAAAAUUGGUGGACUUAAUGUUCUCGUGUCCAAGGAAGUUAUAGCAGGGAAUAUGUACAACCUAGAGGCGUACAAGGCGUCGGCGGAGAGCUUCAUGUGUAGUUUGGUGCCGGAGUCUAAGGGAGAGCACGUUGAGUAUACUCCCGGCGGUCUUCUUUACAAGCCCGGCGGUAGUCAGCUACAGCACGCGACCACAAUAUCUUUCCUCAUGCUUGUCUACGCUCAGUACCUUUCUAGAAGUUCCCUCUCCCUCAACUGUGGCAGCCUCUCUGUCCCUCCUGAUCAUCUACGCCGUCUCGCCAAGAAACAGGUGGACUAUAUAUUGGGGGAGAAUCCAAUGGGAUUAUCGUACAUGGUCGGGUACGGAGCGAGGUAUCCAAAGAGGAUCCACCACCGUGGCUCAUCCCUGCCGUCGAUCGUAGACCAUCCAGGCGCCAUCGGGUGCAAAGACGGAUCGGUUUAUUUCAACUCGACCGAACCAAACCCGAACGUUUUGAUUGGAGCGGUGGUGGGCGGGCCCGGAGAGGACGAUAAUUACGAUGAUGAGCGGCCUGAUUUCCGCAAGUCAGAGCCCACUACUUACAUCAACGCUCCUUUCGUUGGUGUAUUGGCUUACUUUGCAGCCAAUCCUAGUUUUAACUGACGUCAUUAUUGGAGUAACAGUAGAUAUCGGGAGCACUUUUUUUUUUAUUUCUUUUAAAGUCCCUCUUAGGCAAUCUUACACACGCAAAACUAAGAAAGAAAUUUUCAAUCUGAAUAUCUCAUUCGGAUUUACUUUACUUGGAUAUAAUCUUCUAAUUCGUAUCUCAUGCAUACGCAUAAAUAAAGUUGUUACGACAAAUUCAAACUUUUAUCUAUUUUUCACCAAGAGAUUCACAGCCA